AUGGGGGGAUGCGUGGCAACGCUGAUGGUGCGACGAAGUCGCGCGUCUGAGGUGGCUGAUCGCUACAUUGAGGAGCGAUGUCACUUUGGACCACUGGCCGUGGCGUGCGCCCCACCGGAGGACGACACCUCCUCCUCCAUUUACCGUGUCGCCGGGGUAACGGACGAGGAACACAGCCGGAUUUGCAAGGAAUGGUACGAGGGAGAAAACAUGUUGCAGCGGUUGGAGAAGGCCUGCACGGAGAGGGGUGAUCAGCUUGCGAUUGCGUACCGCACCGUUAAGAAGGUUGAGACGGAGCAGCGAAGGGACUCAAAGGGGCGCCCCAAAAGCUGGCAAGUGACGUACCUCAACGAUCCGACGUACAUGAGCUACAGUAAGUUCUGGGACAAGCUUAUUGCCUUUGGUAAGGGACUCCGCGAGUUGGGACUGUCGGAAGGCGCCGCCGUUGCCAUCUAUGAAGACUCACGCUGGGAAUGGCUUGCGUCGCUGCUUGGUGCUUGGACACAGGGCAUGACCGGUGUGACAGUAUACACAAACCUCGGUGAGGCUGCCUUGCUGUACGCGCUAAUGGAAGCUGAGUGCCAGGCAAUUGUAUGUAAUGGGAAAUCUGUAACAAAGUUGCUGCCCCUUCUGCAGAAAGCAAAACUGGACCACACCAUCGUGAUUUACCUCAACGCGCUUCCUGCCGGCCUUAACGCCGAGGGUAUAAAACUGUUGCCAUGGAACGCUGUUCUAGACACGGGCCUGCAUAGUUCGUUUACACACCAAAUACCGAGUGACUGUAAUCGCAGGGCACUCAUUAUGUACACAAGCGGUACUGAGGCAGAACCGAAGGGUGUCAUUCACACGUUUGGCUCACUUAACGCCGGCGCCACAGCUCUUGGUGACCGUUUGAGUGAAUUAACAGGCCCACAGGAGGAGGGAGAGACAUACCUUGUUUACUUGCCUUUAGCUCACAUUUUGGAGUUCAUUUGCGAGAUGAUCAUGCUUACCCGUGGAUCGCUCCUCUGCUACGGUAGCCCUCGCACCCUUACGGACAUGAACGCACGACCACGGGGAGAUUUGGCGGAAUUUAAGCCGAUGUUAUUUGUUGGUGUACCACGCAUCUUUGAGACUAUACGAAAGGCGUUGCUGAGUCAGCUCCCACCCGUGGGUAGUAUGAAGCGUUCCAUCUUUGACGCCGCGUACGCCGCGCGGUUGCGGGCGAUACGGGAGGGAAAGGACACACCCUUCUUAAAUGAAAAGGUAUUUAAGCUCCCGCGGGCCAUUUUUGGGGGCAAAGUGCGAGGCAUCGUCUGUGGUGGUGCCCCACUUGGUGACAAGACGCAGGAGUUUAUGAACGUUGUAUUCGGUAUUCCCAUGGCACAAGGGUACGGCUUGACGGAAACGUGUUGCAACGCGACAGUGCAGCGGACAGGUGAGUUGUAUCCCGCUGCGGGUCAGUUAUUAAAGGGUAUCGAAGCAAAACUCAGCGACACGGAGGAGUACAAGCACACAGACAAGCCGCACCCACGUGGUGAGCUGCUGCUGCGCGGUCCAUCUCUUUUCAAGGGUUACUACAAGCAGGAUAAGCUGACACAACGAGUGUAUACUGAGAAUGAUGGAUGGUUUCAAACGGGCGAUGUGGUAGAAAUUGACGAUGAAGGGAAUAUGCGCAUUAUUGGCCGCGUGAAAGCACUGGCAAAGAAUCUCCUGGGCGAGUAUAUUCCCCUUGAGUUUCUUGAAGCAUUAUAUGGGCAGCAUGAGCUCGUGUGCCCGAACGGCAUUUGUGUGCUUGUCCACCCACAGCGUGCGUACAUCUGCGCCCUUGUCCUGACGGAGGAACCGCGUGCAAUGCAGUUUGCUUCCACCAAUAAAAUUCGUGGGACCUGGCCACAGGUGUUGCAGGACCCGUUGUUUCACCGACGCGCCACGGAGGCUCUCGUGGCGCUGGCGAAGGCGGAUGGACGUUGCCAGUUUGAGUUGCUGCGGCAUGUGCGGGUGCUAAGCGAUGAGUGGACACCGGAGAACGGGAUGCUCACAGCAUCAAUGAAAAUUCGCCGGUCCGCCGUAGACACGUUCUACGCGACCAUAAUUGAGGAGCUCUUUGAGGGCGAGUGA